AUGAAGAUCUCAUCCCAAUCUUGGCAAGCUCAAUUAAACCACGAAUCAGCACACCCCUCUCCAAUUGCUCCUGAAGCCCACGACACAGCCAAACACCCUUCAAGCUCUCUUAUAGAAAAAGUCAAAACUAUGCAGCUAGCUAUUAACAGGCUUGAAUCUGAGCGAGAUAACUUAUCCCACACAGUUUCUGAUUUAAAGCAGCUCAUCCAGAGGCUUUCACUUGAACAAAAGAGAGAAGCAGAACGAAGCUUAAGGAUCUCACAAGAUUUAAGCCAAAAAGCCAAAAGACUAGAAAAUUCAUUAGAAAUUUCAAGAGAGUAUGGGGAUCAUUUUCAGAAAAUCAAGAGUUUUUGGGUGGAAUUUAUUGAGUAA